CGCAUAUGCAGCGGCUCCUCGUCAUCCUCACUGUUACACUGAGACACACAGACACAAGAUCCGCCGGGAUUCCUCUCAAAUUCAGCAUCACUCGUGCGCUCGGAAUGGAGAUGCUGAAUAAUCGACUAAAAUAAGGAAAAGUCCUCGCAGAGAUCAAGAUGGUGUCGUGGAUCAUUUCGCGGAUGGUGGUCCUGGCCUUCGGGACCCUCUACCCAGCCUAUUCAUCUUAUAAGGCUGUGAAGACGAAAAACGUCAAGGAGUAUGUGAAAUGGAUGAUGUACUGGAUAGUGUUUGCAUUAUUUUCGACGGCAGAAACGAUCACAGAUUUGUUUCUCUCUUGGUUUCCAUUUUAUUUUGAGCUGAAGAUUGCCUUUGUCAUCUGGCUGUUGUCCCCGUACACCAAGGGCUCCAGUGUUCUGUACCGCAAGUUUGUGCACCCCACGCUUUCCAAUAAAGAAAAGGAAAUUGAUGAGUACAUAACCCAAGCUAAAGACCGCAGUUAUGAGACCAUGAUGCGGUUUGGGAAGAGAGGACUCAACAUCGCAGCCACUGCAGCAGUCACAGCAGCCUCAAAGGGUCAAGGUGUGUUAUCAGAGAAGCUGCGCAGUUUCAGCAUGCAGGAUCUGACUCUGAUUCAGAACGAAUACGAGCAGCAGCUGGACAGAACAGACACACACACUGCAGCCACGCUACCUCGGGCUAAAACAGUCACACGCACAGUUCGUGUCCCUCCCAUCCCGGCUGACACUGAAUCCCAGCACAGCUCUCGCUCUGAGGACCAGGCAGACAGCAGGACGGAGCACUCAGAUGAAGAUGCAGCGGAUAAGGCCCCCAAACGCACCGCAAGCGCCAAAGCACCCAAGAAACCAGUCGCUGCCAAGACAGAGACCACCAAGACAGUGAAGAAACCGCCAAAGAAGAAAGCCACCACCACGGCCAACAACAAUGCUGAAUCACCAUGAGUCACAUUGCGUUUAUUCAUCCCCGGACGACACACACACGCUCACAUGCUUUCCCAUACUAACAUUAGUGCUCUUCGCUUUUAUAGAAACACACUGACCCUUGCAGAUACACACACACACACACAUAAGAUGCAUGCACGAUGUAAAAUGCGGUGAGUAAGUUAAGACGUCUGGCUUCAUGCAUUCAUUUUUUGUGUUGUGCGUGUGUUUCAAGCAAGGCUGGGUCUUGUCUUAUUCUCUGUAGGCCUUUAUAUUAGAGGGCAUCUCUGUAAAGCAUUAGAUCAGAAAGCAGUGCCUGCACAUGAUCAUACAUCAACACUUCUGAACCCACAGUAUAUCUCUUAUAACCACAGACUUCAUGCUUGUUUUCCAUAAUAGAGGCCAUUUCACUUUAUUUCGCAUGUAGGACACACACUAUGGGACCAACAAGAAAUGGGAACAGAAGAAUUGG